AUGGGACGAAUACCGGUGCUAACUAUCACCGACCCGGAGCUAAUCAAAUUGAUUCUGGUGAAGGACUUCCACGUUUUCGUCGACCGGAACGUCGUGUGGACCCCGAAAAUCGCGAUCCGUAACCGCAAUCUGAACCAACUUAUCGGCGACGACUGGAAACGUGUUCGCUCUAUCGUGACACCCAUUUUCUCUCCGAAAAAAUUGCAUGUAAUGUACCCUCAGAUUAGGCAAUGCUUGACGUCAUUCAUGAGCUACUUGGACGUGCUGGCUGAAAAUCGCCAAGAAUUAGACAUACUGGACGCGUUUACCAAGUUUUCGUUGGAUGUGAAUGCCACUACAAUUUAUGCUACAAAACUAGAUUUGUAUAAAUCAUCGACAGAUGGCAACACUACUAGUGAACACCCGUUUGUUUUACAAGCGAGAGAUAAGUUGGUGAUUAAAGCUUGGAAAGAGAUGGCGUCACUAGUGUUGCCAAAGUUUUUCCUUAAAUGGAUUGGUAUAGAAGAUACGAAAACGAAUUAUUUUUUCGAGGACUACAUCCGCCACAUAUUGAAGGAGAGACGCGAUAAUCCGGGUAAAAAACAUAAUGAUUUUGUUCAGUUGCUUAUGGAUGCUGAGGUAAUCGAUAGAAAGACUGGCGAUGAUAGUGCCACCACUCAGGAUGAUAAGGAUAAUAGCGAAAUUCAUCAUGUUAAUCAAGGCGAGGAAUCGUUGGCCGUCGAGCGAAAAGUGAUGGACAUUAAGAUUAGGGACAAACGGCUGACGGAAGAGGAGAUCGUGGCCCAGGGCUUCCUAUUCAUGACGACAGGGUUUGCGGGCACGGCAUUAGCCCUCGCGUACACCGCAUACGAGUUCGCUCUAAACCCUGACUGUCAGCGCCGCCUACGCGACGAGAUUACAGUCGCUAUCAGCGCCACGACCGAUGAGAUAGCGUAUGACGUGUUGGCACGACUACCCUAUUUAGAUGCUGUCGUGUCGGAGACUAUGCGCAAACACGUCACAUUUAUAUCACUGUUUAGGUACCCAUCCGUUGAUUAUAGGUUAGGCGAUACGGGUAUUACUUUGAAGGCCGGACAACAGAUAGAGAUCCCCCAUUACGCCAUACACCUGUCCGAUGAGUAUUAUCCGGACCCGUUUAAGUUUGAUCCUGAUAGGUUUAUGCCCGAGAAUAAGCACCUUAUUAAGCCUUAUACAUACCUGCCCUUCGGGGGCGGCCCUCGUAAUUGCGUUGGUAUGCGAUUCGCGUUGCUUCAGAUCAAGAUAUGUUUGGCUCAUAUGGUGUUGAAGUACCAGUUCUUCAAGACUCCCAAAACGGACGUCCCGUUGCAAUAUCAACGAUCCAUUAAAAUGAUGUUCCCGAAGCGGCUGGAAAAAGAUGGCGUCAAUAAUAUUCCCAAAUUCUGUUCUCAAAUUGAUUGGAAUCGCAGUUCUAAAGCGAAUAAAUUUUUCGAGGACUACAUCCGCCACCUGCUAAAGGAUAGACGCGAUAAUCCGGGUAAUAAACAUCAGGAUUUUAUUCAGUUGCUUAUAGAUGCUGAGGUAACUGAUAGAAAGACUGGUGAUGAUAGUGCCACCACUCAGGAUGAUAAGGAUAAUAGCGAACUUCAUCAUGUUAAUCAA